UUAUUACCGUUGAAAAAAUUAUUUUUAAACUAGAAAGUAAACUCGUUUUGAGCUUAACACAUGUUUAUGUACUAAUAAGUGAUGGAUAGAACGAUAUUUGGUAAAAAAACUUUAAAUACGCAGCGUAAUCGCGUAGACAGAUUCGUAGCGCCUCGCAACUCUUUCGGUGAGGCGCGCAGACGUCGAUCUUGGCACGCAAGUUGUGAUGGCACUGUGAACAACGAUGUUUGGUUUGGAAAACAUUUGAAGCAGAAAAAAUACGCAAAUUACUUAGACGAUGCGCUUAAUCUCGAGCCGCAGGAAACGCACGGUAUUCACAAACAAUAUAUCGGAUCCUGGCCUUGCAUACCGCGGAAGAAAAGCUACCUUUCAUCUGCGGACAGUAUCCUAGACUUACCUACUUACAGUUACGCUACUUUUCCAGAACUCCUCGAUUGGAGUAACGACAAUAUCUUGGUGGCAGCCCUGGGUAAGAAUUAUCAUAAAUGGAGCUGGAAAAGUCAAAGUCUCAUAAGUCAGGGCUUCACCCAGUAUGAAAUCCAGUGCUGUAAAUUUGACCCUAGGGGAGAGCUGCUAGUCCUUGGCACCGAUAUGAAUACAGUGGAGGUUCACAACAACACUUUGAGUAAAAAGGAGUCAAGUAAUCUCUGUCCCUGUCUGAACACCAGCAACCAUUACUGCUCCAUCACUGCGGUCGACUGGAGUCCUACGGGCAACUCUUUCGUAACUGGCUGCUCGUGGGGCACCGUGGCGUCGUACGGCCGCUCGGCGCGGCUGCUGAGCCGGCGGCGGGGGGCUCGCGGCGCGGUGCUGCUCGUGCGCGUAUCGCCGGACGCGCGCUACGCCGCCGUCACGGCCGUCAACUCGGCCGUCGUGCUGUUGCUAACGUGGCCCUCGUUGGAGAUAUAUUCAAGUCUUGAUUCUAAUUGGACGAUACGGACAAUGACUUGGCACCCUUGGCGAAGCGCGUUACUGGGUGUAGGCGCGGUCACGCCAGACCUCCAAGCACGGAUUGCUAUGUGGAAUGCACCAACUUCUAAGGUCCGGGAGACGACCGUUGGCCCCAAGCGAUACAGUCUGGACGCUAUGCUCUUCAGCCAAAAAACAGGCGAACUAGUGCUCAGCUUAUGGAAUUCUGAUAGAGCCAUACUACGCCCGAAUAGAUGCUCCCAACUGGUAGUUAUGAGUGACCUUGAGACUGUGGUGGACCAGUGGGGAGAAGGUCGUACUGGAUUGGACCGAGUACGGACUAUGGUUUUUAGUCCGGAUGGUACAAAACUUGCAACAGCGACAUCUGAUGAGGACUUGAUAAUCUGGAACUUUCUCCCAGAAGACAAACGAAACACGAAAACCAAAUGCAAACGUUUUUCAGCACUCCCUGUUUACUUGGACGAGGCGAUGCAGGGCUAUUCCCUCAGAUGAAUUAACAUUUGAUACCGUUAAGAAGUAACUGGGUGUACUUCGCUAUAAUAAUUAUAUUUCGUUGGCAAUAAAUUUUUGAUAAAUUUUAA